AUGCCUCCACGACUCAAAGCAGCGCCAAAACCCGUAGCCCGCCGGAGGGUUGUUGGAGGAGAAGCUUCUGCAGAGGCCUCGCAGCCUUCGACAGGACCAUCUACACCCGCCGCCGAAAUCGCGGAGCCUCUUGCGCCAAUUGCUCAGGCACCACCAUCUGGGAGAUUGGAUAGCCUUACGCCAAAACCACUUGUUGGACCACCUAUAAGGGGGGCUGCAGGUGGUUUGAAGUUCAAGCCGAAGGCCAUUGCAAGAAAAACUAAAGAAGAGCGAGAUGCUAUCGCAGCAAAAUUUGAAGCUUCAGCUACACCAACGCCUGCUCGGGGGAACCGGGGUGACCGCGGUCAAAGAGGCGGAAGAGGAAGGGGAAGAGGGCGAGGCGGAUUCUCAGAUGCGCCUGCCACAGCGUCUGGACCAUUUGCAUUAGGAAGUGUUAAUACUGGCCGUCUAAAAGAGGUUGCUGUCGAACGCGGGACAAAUUUUACGAAGCAUAGACAGUCUAUGGGCGCAGACUUAGAUGGGGUGAAAAGAAAAGCGAAAAUGAAAACCGAAGACGGCCAGGAGAUAAAUUAUUCGUCCUCUGACGACUCCGACGAUGCUAGAAUGGACGUAGAAUUUAUAGGGUACCUCGAUGACCUCGCAGGUAAAAAGGAUGACGAAGGCGACCAGCAGAUGGACGACGAAGGCAGACCAUGGGGAGCCGGAGCGCCACUCAGAGUUCCUAGAAGCCAUCAUCAUGAGCUGAAAUCUUCAGUGAACACUGACUCGAGUACCAAGACAGACAAAGGCAUAAAGAAGGGGAAAAGCAAAGUGGAAUUUGAAACAACAAUAAAAAUUAAAGACGAGCCGGUAGAUGACGAUGAUAUCGCACUCCCGGAUUUGGACUCGCCACCUCUAUCUACGCCCUCACCAAAGGCUGCAAAGCCAGACCCAGAGGUUUUGACACAGCAAUUUAAAGAAGAAACAGAGAUGGAAGAGCUGGACCGCCAAGCGACCCUAAGGGAGAUGGUUGGUGACUUCUCUGGCAUCAAAGUCGACGACGAUGUCGAAAUGGAGUCCGGUAUCACUGAUUCUAAGAAGAAUCUGGAACUUGAUAAUCAAAUAUUCUGCUUCCAAUUCCCUGAAAUCCUCCCCCAACUUGUUUCCUCAGAGGACGCUAAAGAAUCUAUUGCUGUCGCUCCAGUGGCACCCAUAAAUACCGACGACAAAUCUGCCGCCUCUGCCCCACCGCUCCCUAAUGUUCCCUUAUCGCUCAAACAACAAAAGAUAUCCGCCAGAGCUCAAAUGGCGCUCCUUGAAUCCUUCCCGCCAUCUGGAAUAGCUGGCCAACUCCGGGUCCAUAAAUCGGGACGUAUCUCUAUUCUUUGGGGCUCCCAAGAUAGCGAAGACGGUCCUAUCGAGUUCGAUGUCAGCAGAGGUUCAAGAAUGGGGUUCUUACAGGAGGCGGUCGUGAUUAAACAGAAAUCGCCAUGGGGAGAGCAGGAUGUCGAUGAAAAGGGGAGACAGAAGGGGGCGGCGUUCUCUUUAGGACAGAUCAAGGGAAAAUUUGUUGUCUGCCCAAACUUCGGCCAGUUGAUUGGAGCGGAGAAGGAUAAGAAGAGGAAAGAUAAAAAAGGGAAGGGGAAGGCGACGGAUAUACAAAAUGUUGAACCUUAA